AUGAGGCCAUUGCAAAGCAGAAAUUGCCAAAUUAAGAUGGUGUAUGACUACUAUGCAUCUGGUGCAGAAGACCAGUGGACUCUGGCUGAGAACAGAAAUGCUUUCUCUAGGAUCUUAUACAGGUUUCGCCCACGUAUCCUUAUUGAUGUAACCAACAUCGACAUGACUACAACUAUCUUGGGAUUCAAGAUCUCAAUGCCUAUCAUGAUAGCCCCAACUGCCAUGCAAAAGAUGGCACACCCUGAAGGGGAGUAUGCGACUGCCAGAGCAGCAUCAGCAGCUGGAACUAUCAUGACACUGUCCUCAUGGGCUAUAUCAAGUGCGGAAGAGGUUGCUUCAACAGGACCAGGCAUCCGAUUUUUGAGCUCUAUGCAUACAAGGACAGGAAUGGCAAAUGACUCUGGCCUUGCCUCAUAUGUCGCUGGUCAGAUUGAUCGAUCCCUGAGCUGGAAGGAUGUUGCGUGGCUUCAGACAAUCACCAGCCUCCCCAUCCUUGUGAAGGGUGUAAUUACAGCUGAGGAUGCAAGACUGGUCGUUCAACAUGGGGCAGAUGGAUCCAUUGUAUCCAACCAUAGAGCUCGCCAACUUGAUUAUGUUCCUGCUACUAUAAUGGCUCUUGAAGAGGUUGUGAAAGCAGCACAAGGUCGCAUUCCUGUUUUCUUGGAUGGUGGUGUUCGUCGUGGAACUGACGUUUUCAAAUCAUUGGCAUUGAGAUUUUUAUUUGGGUUUUUAUGGUACUAAUUCAGUGAUGGUGUUGUGUACUCAAAUUGGAAGGCCCGUGGUGUUUCCAUGGCCACAGAAGGAGAGGCCGGUGUUAAGAAAGUAUAAGAAAUUAGCAAAAAUAUUUGCUCUGGGUAAA